CCGGUAGCCAUGUAUGUAACAUUAAGCUUUUUGUAAAUGGAAAUGCUAGCUAACGUUAUUGAGGUCGUCAGAGGUGUCGUUUAAAACUGAAAUCUCAAUUUUAUGAAAUCCCCGGGGACCUCUUCACUCGUAAUGAUAGGGGCGGGGCAGGUAAGCGCUUCGAAGACGAGAGAAAACGGUCGGUUACUUUGGGUUUUUAUUGUCGAUCGUGCUGCAACAGAUUUGUAGGCCACAUACGCAAUUGGUUUGGGAUACGUAUUUUGAAAUAGCAUGGGUAAUUGCCACACAGUUGGACCAAAUGAGGCCCUCGUGGUUUCAGGUGGUUGCUGUGGCUCUGAUGAGAAGACCUACGUGGUGGGAGGCUGGUCCUGGGCCUGGUGGCUCAUCUCAGACAUCCAGAGGAUAACCCUUGAGAUUAUGACCCUGCAGCCCAAGUGUGAGGAUGUAGAGACAGCGGAGGGUGUAGCUAUUACUGUCACUGGGGUGGCACAGUUUCCUAGUCUGUCCAGUGGGCUUGACUACAAUGAGUCCACUGUCACUGACGCAGAGGGAGCUUUAACGAUGAACUUCUCUAACAAGGUCCAUCAUCAGGUGAAGGUGAUGGUAGACAAUGAGCUGCUGGGCUAUGCCUGUGAACAGUUCCUGGGGAAAUCUGUGAUGGAGAUAAAGAGUGUCAUUCUGCAGACCCUGGAGGGUCAUUUACGCUCUAUUCUCGGCACUCUGACGGUGGAGCAGAUCUACCAGGACAGAGACAGAUUUGCUGCUCUGGUGAGGGAGGUGGCAGCGCCUGACGUGGGCCGCAUGGGCAUCGAGAUCCUCAGCUUCACCAUCAAGGAUGUUUAUGAUAAAGUGGAGUACCUUAGUUCCCUGGGGAAGAGUCAGACAGCUGCAGUACAGAGAGACGCAGACAUCGGAGUGGCCGAGGCAGAGAGAGACGCGGGAAUCAGGGAAGCAGAAUGUAAGAAAGAGAUGAUGGACAUCAAGUUCCAAGCAGACACCAAGAUGGCCGACUCUAAGCGAGGGUUGGAGAUGCAGAAGGCUGCUUUCAAUCAAGAAGUCAACACGAAGAAAGCAGAGGCCCAGCUGGCCUACGAGCUGCAGGCUGCCAAGGAGCAGCAGAAGAUCCGUCUGGAGGAGAUAGAGAUCGAGGUGGUUCAGAGGAAGAAGCAAAUCACCAUCGAGGAGAAGGAGAUUGAUCGCACUGAGAAGGAGCUGAUCGCCACGGUCAAGAGGCCUGCCGAGUCUGAGGCCUACAAGAUGCAGCAGCUGGCCGAGGGACAGAAGAUGAAGAAGGUGCUGACGGCCCAAGCGGAGGCAGAGAAGAUCCGUCGUAUCGGAGAGGCAGAGGCCGGCUCCAUAGAGGCUAUAGGGAAGGCUGAGGCUGAGAAGAUGAGGCUGAAGGCUGAGGCCUACCAGCAUUAUGGAGAGGCUGCCAAGACUGCUCUGGUCCUAGAGGCCCUGCCUAAGAUCGCUGGCAAGGUGGCGGCACCCCUGGCCCAGACCAAUGAGAUCGUCAUCCUGAGCGGGGACGGUGGUCGUGUGACCGGCGAGGUUAACCGCCUAUUGGCUGAGCUCCCCGUGUCCGUCAAUGCCCUCACAGGGGUGGACCUGAUGAAGAUCCCUUUGCUUCAGAAGGUGACCAACCCUCAAGCAUGAAAACAAUCCCGUGCACCCUGACUCCAAUUCAUCUCUCUUAUGCACUCUUUAAAUCAACAAGAAACACUUGAAUCCAAGAGUUGUUUUUUUACUACAAAAGAGUCAAGUCGUUUUCAUUUCCUAGACCCCUGGUGCCUUAGCUUAUAGGACCAGAUCAUCUGCAUGGACAACUGAAUGUUAUUUUUUAAAGAACAAAAAAAAGCAAACCUUUUUAUGUUUUGUUUUUAAGUAGUUACCCCCAUUGUGUUCUACUUACACUCGUCUACAUUGUAGAAAAGGGGCAUUCAUCCUGAUUGUUCUGUGCAGGCCUUAUUCUGGUCUGAAAGAUCUUGCCAGGUCUUCACCUUGUGUCUAUGUAGUUUUUUUCAUUGUGUUACACUUAGUACCUUGGAUGUGCCCAUGUUUUUUUUACAGUUACUUGUGCAAGUAUUUCGUCACCCAUUUUUAUUUUUUCAUUCUUACGUGCAGUCAGUGCCUGUUUACCAACCAAGUGGCCAAACCUCAGUAAAAGUAAUGGUUGGCAAUUCAAAAAGUUUAGUGAUACGACAGUGAAACUCAAUGAGAGAUAUAGAAAUGUUGUCCUCCCCCAUCCUCAUAUCAUCUGCUUUUUUCUUUACUAGAAUCUUCACUUCAUUCUUCAUCUUUGGUAUGGGAGAGAUGUGCCUUCUUAGGACAAGACAUGUAAGACACAGAAAGCAUACACAUGAACACGUGUGCAUGGAUCUACAUGUCUGUAUGAAGCCAUAUACUGUCAAGAUUAGCCUUAAUAUAGAGACCCAGGAGUCUUGCUAGCUUUCCUGAUCAUCUGGAUUACCUCAAUCAAUCUAAGCUUUAAUAAUUGUUCUAGUUCUUUCCGACUAUUGAGGCAUCAUAUGACAUAAUAUGCAUUUCAGUCUCUUAGGGUAGCCGAUGUUGUGUUAUAUUAUAUUAUGGUUCCAUUCUUAAAUUACAUAUUCAUUUAUAAAGGAUUUAUCUCUACAGUU